AUCCAAACGCAUCCUUUGAUAUGGAUAAUAGCCCCGCACUCCUCAGCCCAAGUCCUCCCUUCCCGCCUCCUCCCAGCCGGAGCUCCGAAUCCGAUGGUUGGUCCGCACUUGAAUACAUAGUGUCGUUUCUGGCUCUAGUCACCAUACCCACCUUGAUUUACACGUUCUUUUUUUUCUUGAAGUGCCCUCCGAUCCCGUCCCGGCGACACCACUGGCGAUCAGAGGCAUUCCUCGAGGAAUUGAGCAGCAGCGGCGGUGGGAAUACCGAUAAUGCGGAGGUGAUUUCUGAUAUCAAGUACCGAAAGGAUACCCACGUGAUAGACAUCGGAAGCGAGUGUCCGGUGUGUCUGUCGGAGUUCAACGACGGCGAAGAAGUCCGGCAGCUGAUGUCGUGCAAGCACUUUUUCCACGCUCCUUGUAUCGAUUUAUGGCUGCACUCCCACUCCAAUUGUCCGAUUUGCCGCGCUUCGGUUCCUCUCAAGCCCUCUAAAGUCUCGAUGCCUUCCCGCGAGGAAGAUCGCCGGGAGGCUUCGCCGGAUUCAGCCAGAUUGCCGUAACGGAAAAACUGGUUCCGGCAUCUUCCCCCUCCUCUUCUUUUCUUUUUGCUCCUUGUUUGGGAGUUGGGUCUGGGGCUGUUGAAGAGUGAGGAAAUCAGGCCCAAGUUGCCUGAUGCUUUGGCCCAAAGACAGGGCAUUCAGCUUCACAUUCCAGGUUUUCCAGCUAGGGUUUUGUCGUUGCAUCCCAAGGCAUUGAUCCAAAACCCUAGUCCUAGUUUACCAAUGAAACGAACUCAACCUCGCAUUUGUUUUGAUCGGAAAUGGUUCCCGCCUUUGAUCUUCGGCUCCGUACUCUCUCUGAUUCUACUCCUCUCAGUCUCUCUAGGCCGCGUCAAAUCUUCCUCCAGCACUGAUUUUUCAAGAUUCGAUCCGAAAUCAACAGUUUAUGAGUCGAAUUUCGGUUCUGAGAGUCGGUCGGGGCUUCCCAAGCUGCCGAGGUUCGCUUACAUGAUAUCGGGCACGAAAGGUGAUGGUGCGCGUCUCCGGCGAGUUCUUCAGGCGGUGUAUCACCCGAGGAAUUACUAUUUGUUGCAUUUGGACCUCGAAGCUUCCGAUGCUGAGCGCCUUGAACUUGCUAAGUAUGCGAAGUCGGAGGCUGUGAUUAAGGAAUUCAAGAACGUGAUGGUGGUUGGUAAGGCGAAUUUGGUCACGUAUAAAGGUCCGACGAUGAUUGCAUCUACGCUUCACGCCAUAUCCAUUUUCUUGAAGCAGGCAAAGGAUUGGGACUGGUUUAUAAAUCUCAGCGCUUCAGAUUAUCCUCUCAUGUCCCAGGAUGAUCUCCUGCACAUUUUCUCAUACUUGCCUAGGGAUCUGAACUUCCUUGAGCACACAAGUAAUAUUGGUUGGAAAGAGUAUCAAAGGGCAAGGCCUAUCAUUAUAGAUCCAGGUUUGUACCAUUCAAAGAAAUCUGGUGUAUUUUGGGCUAAAGAGAAAAGGGUUAUGCCUGCUUCUUUCAAGUUAUUCAUGGGUUCUGCUUGGGUGGUGCUGACAAAAUCAUUCCUUGAAUUCUGUGUUUGGGGCUGGGAUAAUCUCCCCCGUACUCUCCUCAUGUACUACACGAAUGUCCUGUCAUCACCUGAAGGCUACUUUCACACUGUUAUCUGCAACCAUAAAGAUUACCAGAACACCACAGUCAACCAUGACUUGCAUUAUAUAAGGUGGGAUAACCCUCCAAAACAACACCCUAUUACUCUAACAGUGGAGCAUUUCAACGAUAUGGUCAAUAGUGGUGCCCCUUUUGCUCGUAAGUUUGCCAAGGAUGACCCUGUUCUCAAUAAGAUUGAUAAGGAGCUCUUGAAGAGAUUGGAUGGGCAAUUUACUCCUGGGGGUUGGUGUGUUGGAAAUUCUGCUAGUGUCAAAGAUCCUUGUGUGGUUUAUGGAAGUCCAAAUUCCAUUAAACCAACUGUAAAUUCAAGGAGGCUUGAGAAACUGAUAGUUAAGCUCCUUGAUUUUGAAAAUUUUAGGUCUAAACAGUGUAAAUAGUUCUGUAAUGCCCCAAAUUGUGCCAAAAGUUUUCGUGCAAUCAUCCCUGGAACAUGGUCCAGGCACCAACUCAUGUAAAAUCCACGGUUUCAAGAACAUUCAUGGUAUAGCUGCAUUUGUAUAGCCUUCAGUUAUGGGUU